AUGGCGUUCGAUGACGAUGACGAGGCCAUGUCUGGUCGCUCCGGCGGUGAAGAAGAUGGCCAGCCGCGGUCCAAGAAGAGACAUGUCGAAUGCGUGUACGACGACAGGAGGUCCAAGCCAGGACUUCGAACUGGGGCUGUCGAGAAUCUCAGCCAGCGGGUCGGCCAAGGAGUCCUAUGGCAGCAAGUAUUCAAUGCCUUGAGCACCGCAACCCACCUCAACUCUUCCAGUCCUAGUCAAGAGGAGUCAUUAAACCCGUCGCUCAACGAAACGGCUGCUUCGCUGAAGAACACCCUCGCGACCCUUGCUGAAGGUGGGGAGCCGGCGAUGGCAACUCUCGCAGCUUGGCGCCCGAAGAAUCCAGAAACACAGACGACAGCGCCCAAAGAAAAUACACGCGUCAACGCCAAGCUGGACUCCGUGUUUGGUGAUCCUCUACUUCCUGAGGCGGACCUCGUGGACAAUCUUGUUGAAAUUUACUUUGCGAAUAUCCACCCCUGGAUCCCGAUGCUGCAUGUCCGCCAAUUUCGCGAGCGCAUGCUGGAUCCCGAACAACGACCGCAACUGAGUACGAUAUUCCAUGCCAUUGUGAGCCUCUGCGCGAGAUUCUCCCAGGAUGCCCGUCUUGGUUCUCCCGAGGAAAAGACUCGAUUGGAAGCGGCCGAGGGCCCUCUGCAUGGGUAA